CGUCACCUGAGUCUGUAGAACUAACGGCCACCAGGGUCGAACAAUUAUGCUAACUCUUUAAAAGCUGACUCGGCGAUGUGGCUGUUUGGGUGUUUUGCGUUUUAAAAGUGGGCUUAAGCUCCAAAAAAUUAGUUUUUCGUGGGUUUAAGGAUUUAGAAGGGGAACAAGUUUGGAAAUAAAUAGCUUUUUAGUUAACGGCUAACAUUCAGAAAGUGUGGUCGGUCGUGAAUUUAGGAAAGUGGUAGUUUUAAACCCAACUCAAUUUGAAAAUAUUAAAACACAAUGAAAGAGACGGUGAACCACCAGCAGGCCCGCCUGCUCCUCCAUAACAAGUUCGUCGUGGUGUUGGGAGACUCCAUUCAGCGUUCUGUAUACAAGGACCUUGUCGUACUGCUACAAAAGGACCGAUACCUCACCUUAAGACAACUAAAGAGCAAGGGUGAGAUGAGCUUCGAGCUGGACUGCUUGGUGGAAGGAGGCUGUCUGGACCGAAUGAACAAUGGGACUGCGUACACAGAGGUCCGUCAGUAUCAGUCUGACCACCACCUGAUCCGCUUCUACUUCGUGACUCGCAUCUUCUCCAGAUACAUGCAGAGCAUCAUCCAGGACUUCCGUCAGGGCUUGAAACCAGACGUGGUCAUUGUGAACUCUUGUGUUUGGGAUAUUUCAAGAUACAAUCCCAAAUGGGUGGAUGACUACAAGGCAAACCUUAAACGGUUCUUUGGUGAGCUGAAGAGUUUCUUACCAGAGGAAACCUUAUUUGUCUGGAAUCUCACCAUGCCCUUAGGAGAAAGGAUCAAAGGUGGCUUUCUGGUGCCUGAACGCCAUGCAGUCCCCAUUGUCCAGCCUAUUGAGCACAAAGCUCCUCAGCUGCGUUACGACGUGAUUGAAGCCAACUUCUAUGGUGGGACUCUGGCCGACAACUAUGAGAUGGAUGUGUUGGACCUUCACUUUCAGUUCCGCUUCUCAUUACAACAUCGAACCAAAGACGGCGUCCACUGGAACGCCAUCGCCCACCGCAGGAUCACCGCUCUUCUGUUACAGCACAUUGCACAAGCCUGGGGUGUGAUGCUGACUGCUGAUGAAGUUCCUGAUCAGAAGUCAAUCUAUGACUGUUCUACAAAAUUUGCAGCUGCUGCGACUUCAGACAGCUUUAGAGAGGAGUUCACCUCUGAUUCUUUGUCUGGUGCCUUCUUGAGCUUUGAAGAUAAGAGAGAGCCACUGUCACAUCGGCACGAAAAUGCAGAGAACUUCCGACCUGUCGUCCUGCCACAGCGGCCCCGGCUACGCCGCAGACCUCAGCAGAAAUAUUAUGUACCGCCCAGACAUGGUGUUGACAACGUGCCUCCCUCCUCCCACUUUGAGCCCUAUGAAGAUUACCACCAGCCCCCCAAUCAUCAGUUUGUGAUGAGGAACCGUCACAGCAGACGUCACUAUGCCCCCUACACCCAUCACAAACCAGAUCACCCUCCCGCUCAUGGAUAUCAUUACUGAAAUGGAGCUGUUCAAGUGCCACUCAUGUUUAAAGCAUCGUUCUCUUCCG